GCGGGGCUCGGCUGGGAGAGGUUGAGCGCGGGGCUGACCGGCAUCGGCGGCGAUGGAAGAACUUACGGCGUUCGUCUCUAAGUCUUUUGACCAGAAAGUGAAGGAGAAGAAGGAGGCGAUCACGUACCGAGAGGUGCUGGAGAGCGGGCCGCUGCGCGGGACCAAGGAGCCGACGGGCUGCGCCGAGCCGGGCCGCGACGACCGCAGCAGCCCGGCAGUCCGGGCGGCCGGCGGAGGCGGCGGCGGAGGAGGAGGCGGAGGCGGAGGCGGAGGAGGCGGAGGAGGUGCAGGAGGAGGAGGAGCAGGCGGAGGAGCUGGAGGAGGGCGCUCUCCCGUCCGGGAGCUGGACAUGGGCGCCGCUGAGAGAAGCAGGGAGCCGGGCAGCCCGCGGCUUACCGAGGUGUCCCCAGAGCUGAAGGAUCGCAAAGAGGAUGCAAAAGGGAUGGAGGACGAAGGCCAGACCAAAAUCAAGCAGAGGCGAAGUCGGACCAAUUUCACUCUGGAACAACUCAACGAACUGGAGAGGCUUUUUGAUGAGACCCACUACCCGGACGCUUUCAUGCGCGAGGAACUGAGCCAACGGCUGGGGCUGUCCGAAGCCCGAGUGCAGGUUUGGUUUCAAAAUCGAAGAGCAAAAUGUAGAAAACAAGAAAAUCAACUCCAUAAAGGUGUUCUCAUAGGGGCUGCCAGCCAGUUUGAAGCUUGUAGAGUUGCGCCCUAUGUCAAUGUAGGUGCUUUAAGGAUGCCAUUUCAGCAGGAUAGUCAUUGCAACGUGACGCCCUUGUCCUUUCAGGUUCAGGCGCAGCUGCAGCUGGACAGCGCCGUGGCGCACGCGCACCACCACCUGCACCCGCACCUGGCCGCGCACGCGCCCUAUAUGAUGUUCCCGGCGCCGCCCUUCGGACUGCCGCUAGCCACGCUGGCCGCGGACUCAGCCUCCGCCGCCUCUGUGGUGGCUGCCGCCGCCGCAGCCAAGACCACCAGCAAGAACUCCAGCAUCGCCGAUCUCAGACUGAAAGCCAAAAAGCACGCUGCCGCCCUGGGUCUGUGACGCCAACGCCAGCACCAACGUCGCGCUUCCAGCGCGGCACGCACCCUGCAAAUCCUCCGUGCC